CUCCGCCGUCUCGCCUAUGCGAUCAAGAAUUCGUCCACGAUCUUGCUUCCGGCAUGGAAGCAACAGCUUGCUCUUCUCAAUCAGCCGACUCUGAUGCUUCGAAGAGACGUUAAGUGCCGGUGGAACUCAACAUUCGACAUGCUGAAGCGAGCCUUGCGCCUCAAGACUGCCAUCAAGUCGUUCUGUGCGCCUGACCAUGAUCUCCACCCCACAGAUCUUGAGAAGUACCGUCUCUCUAAGCGGGAAUGGGUAAUUGCUGAACAGCUCGUGGAGGUCUUGAAGGAUGCAACGCUCUUCUUCUCUCGCGGCGUCCCGAAUCUUGCCACCGUCAUCCCUGUGAUGGACAUUCUCGACGAACACCUCACGACCACGCACCUCCCUGGCAGCAAGACCUCGAAAGGUGUCCCAUACGACAUCGCUGUUCGCCAAGCUCACGGCUUCGCAAAGCAGGUCUUGAACAAGUAUUACGCGCUCACUGAUUCGUCUGAAGCGUAUCGGAUUGCGAUGGGUGAGUCCGUAGCUUAA